CAUUUGUUGGACACCUUACAUUACUUCCUGAAUUGCACAUUUUGAAUCCUGAAUAUGGUGACCAACAUGUUGCUGCUAGUCCUCUUUGUUUCAGAUUUUCUCCCACAUCUUGUCGAAGGUGCUUGUGAGGCCCUUCGCAUCACCACACCGAAGCAGAUGGAAGCACUGAGUGGAUCCUGUUUGCUGAUCCCGUGUAUCUUCAGCGCUGACCCAGCUGAGGGCUUCAACAGCGCACGAGAAAUCUUUGGAGUGUGGAUGAAAAAAGAGUCCGCAUUUGACCAAAAACCAAAGAACGUGAUUUUCCACAGUGAUGGGACAAUCAACAGAUAUCCAAUGAGUAUUACAGGAAACCUGAGACAGGGAAACUGCACCACUCUGUUUUCUACUUUGGAAGAAAUUCACACAAACAAAUACUUCUUCAGGAUUGAGAACAGCCCAUUUCUGGCAACAGCUGCAUGUGAUCCUCUUCAAAUAACAGUGAAAGAUUCUCCUCGGAGCCCCACCAUUGAGAUCUCAGGUGAUCUGAAGGAGGCGGAGUCUGUCACUGUAACCUGCUCAGCUCCAGCUCUCUGUCCACACUCCCCUCCUAAACUCACCUGGACUCUCCAACAAGACCCUCCCAACACAAUGGAGGAAAACCCAGAUCGGACCUUCACGACUAAGAUCCAGAAGACCCUCACUCUGACAGACCAACAUGAUGGAUUCAACAUCACCUGCUCUGCCAGCUAUCCUGUGAAUGAAGGGAAAGAUGUGAAGACAGCAGAGGAGACAAAGACUCUCCAUGUUUCAUAUGCUCCUAAGGACACCUCCGCCUCCGUCAGUCCGCCCUCAGGUUCGGUGUCAGCGGGCAGCUGGGUGGAGCUGAGCUGCUCCAGCAGAGCCCAGCCUCCCGUCAGCAGCUUCACCUGGUUCAAGGUGAGCCAAGAUGGAGACACGAACGUCUCACAGGGACAGAUUUACAGCUUUAAUGCCACAGAGGGAGGACGUUAUUACUGUGUGGCUACAAAUGCUCUUGGUAAAGAAACCUCACCAAAGAUCCAUCUGGCUAACGGAGGAGACAAACAGCUUCAUGGCUCUUCACCAUGGGGGGGAGUUGUUGGGGGGAUCAUUGGGAUCAUGAUACUCAUCUGUUUUGCUGUUGCUGUUUGGUGGUUGAAGUCCAAACACACAACUCAAGAACAGUCACAGCAGGGGGAGCAGAUCAGGGGAGAACAUGAGACACAAAUCAAUGCUACGCAGAGGCUAACAGCUGUCCAAGAAUCAGCCGCAGCAACAGAAACAGGAGAAGAAAUCCACUACGGAGAGAUCGACUUCUCCAAGCAGAGGAAUAAAAGUCCCCCUGUCUCAGAGCAGGACGGUGGACAGACGGAGGACACGCUGUACGCUGAGGUCAAAGUGUCAGAGACAGCAAACAGACCAGAGGACCUCUACGCUCAAGUGAAAAGGAAAUUAAUGUAUAGACAUGUCUUUUUUUAAACAAAUAUUCAG